GGUCGAAUGUCCUCUUAGUUCUUCAAGUGUUCAUUUGCCCUUGUGGGAUCAAGAUGCCCAUGCCACAAGCUUCCAGUUGGAAGAGUGAGUGUGACUCCUGUUAAUGGUGAGAAACUGAUAUUGUUCUGGCCAUGAAGCCUUCUGCUAACCCCACCUGCCAUCCUGUCUAGUGUGUCCAGGAAUAGUACAGGACCCCAUCAGGUGAGGUGCUCGCAGAGGCUGCUCUAGGUACAUGCAGUGUAGGCAGAUGUCUACGGUGGCAGACUUCUGAGCAGCUGCCUACAGUGGCAAAUUUAGCCUGGCUGCCCCCCAGUCAUACAAGACCACAAUGCCACGCACUGGAAUUUGGCACUGCUGCCCUUUCCUUCACGACGUAGGAGUGACUGGCCAAAUCUGCUACCCUUGGCCUCUGAGGAGGGGGAUGGAACACUGAAGUUUUGCCUAGGGUGGCAGAUUGUCUUGAGCAGCCUCUGGGAGAGAAGUGCUGAUUUCAACAUGCUCUGAUAAAAGUCAAUGGGAGUUGAGCAAUCCCAGAGCCUGGGAGUCUAAGGACCAGAAACUGCUACCACAGGGACUCUAUGAAUCUGCACUGAUCUGGAGAGGAAAUGGUUGGGCCACGGUCCCUCACCAGGCAACUGUGAGAAUGGGAAGUGUGACCAGAGGCAUCCGUUCCCCCCGGAAAGGCAUGAUGAUGGCUCCUAUCAAUAUAAACUGCACCAACCGCAAGAAGCCGAACAGAGACAUCCGCAGCCAUGCAACCGGACAGCUCCUAUCACAAAUGGGAGGAAGAGCAGGUGGAAUUGACAGUGCAGGGAGCGAGCCGCUCACCUGAGAGAGGUGGCAAAGCUCUUUGCCUCUCCAACUCCGCCCAAGGGAAGGCCAUUGCGAUCCUGUGUGUCCUGCUGGCAAUUUGCAUUACAGUAUCUACAGCUCUCAUUUGGGUGAAGCUUGGGAAAUUGUCCCAGGGUCUUGCCGAAGCCCAGCUGGAUCGAGAUACAAUCAGAAGAGAUGCCAAGAGAAAUCUGUCACAUCACCAGGACUAUCUAGAGUUGAAGAUGUCCAAAGAAUUCAGCGUGUUUAACAGUGGACUUCUUAAUGUGUCCAAGGAGCUGGCUGGGGUCAGGCUGGCAAUAGAGGAGGUCCAAGCUGAUUAUGCGAAAGACCCAUUACAUCUCCAGGACGCCAUAGAGAUAAGGAACCUAACGCACAGUUUGUCGAAGGAGCUGGCUGAGGCAAGAAGGGACCAUGACAGACUCCAGGAGGUCUUGAGCAGGGUGCAGGAGGAGUUACGGAACAUCACGGAAUUCAUCUGCACAACAUGUCCACCUGGCUGGCAGCAUUUUGAGAAAAAUUGCUACUUCUUUUCAACAUUGGCUAAAUCCUGGUUGGAUGCUAAGCAGUUCUGUACCAAUGAAGGGUCUCAUCUGGUUAUUGUUAACACCAAACAGGAACAGAUAUUUUUGUCAAACCACAUCGUUGAGCCCGAAGUGUACUGGCUGGGCCUCAGCGACUCAGCGAAGGAAGGGGAGUGGCGCUGGCUGGAUGGCAGCCUCUUGUCUAUCAGGUUCUGGGGGGCCGGGGAACCCAACAAUGUUGGGCAGUAUGGGGAGGACUGUGGCAGCAUACGCUUCGAUGGGAAGUGGAACGAUGCCAGAUGCUCUGCGACUGAGAGCUGGAUCUGUGAACAGCAGUGCUAGCUGAGUCCCUGAAUCCACAGCAGGGAGGGGAGGUGUCACAAAGCCUGCCCCAUGUGGGACUGCUCCGGACCUAUUCUCUCUAAAUCAGUGAUUCUCAGACUUCCACUCGUGAGCUGCAAGAGGGUCUUUCAUGGGUCUCCUACAGCUCUUUGCAGCACAUGCUAUUAAAACACUGUGAUUUAAUUAUUAAUCGAUCUGUGUUAUUAACCAAUCUGGAUUCUUUUACUAUGUUAUUAACUCAUUCAGUUAUCAACUUGCACUAAGCUACUAACUUAUUUGCUGUGAGAAUAAUAUAUGGAGAGAUGUAAAACUAAAUAUUUCCCAUCGUACUGUUUAAAUAUGAAUAGUAAUAUAGUAAAUGAAACAAUGAAUCCACCCUCCUGUGGCUCCUUUGCAUAAUGGCGAUGGCUAAUUUUGCUCCUGAGCCGCUGAGGUCUGAAUAUCACUGCUCAAAAUGCUGGGCAGGUAUUACAGCGAGUGGAGCUAUGGGACAGGAUCGUGGAAAGCAGAGGUGGAGAAGCUGACUGGCAUUGGACCAUCUGAUCCAUUUCCCUCCCACACUGGGGCCCAGGACCGGCUUGUUCCCCUCACGGCUCUAGCAUGAAAUGUGGCUCCUGCCCUUCCCACAAGAGGAAGCAAUUCUCCAGCCUGGUAGAUCUCAUGGCCAGGCUGUUCUCCCUGACACCGGGCCAGAGUCUGAUCUCGGGUGCACUGCUGUAAAUGCACAGGUUGUACCGGCUUCAAGGGAGUCACCCUGAACGGACAUCGAUGUGAGUGAGAUCGGAAUCGGGGCCGUUCACCCUCAAACGUCCUUUUCUUAAAUUCAUCUCAUUGCUCCUGACUCUGCCCCCGGGUGUCUCCACUGAGAGGAAGGAUGAUCUGAUGCGUAAGGCACAGGACUGGGACCUGGGUUCAGUUCCAGCUCUGCCACUGACUCCUUCACCUGUCUGGGGGCUUCAGUUUCCUUCUCUUUAAAAUGGAGAUAACAACCCUUCCUGUUUCAGAGGAACAGCCGUGUUAGUCUGUAUUCGCAAAAAGAAAAGGAGGACUUGUGGCACCUUAGAGACUAACCAAUUUAUUUGAGCAUGAGCUUUCGUGAGCUACAGCUCACUUCAUCAGAUGUACCUUCCUGUGUCUGUCUUGUCUAUUGAGCCUGUGAGCUCUGUGGGGCAGGGAGUGUCUCAUUGUGUGUCAGGGGCACAAUGGGGCUGUGAGCUCAGCUGCGGCCUCUAGCUGCUCCUAUAAGUGCUCCCAGAUCACCUAUCUGCUUCUUCUGGGGGCUGUUCUGCCAUUAGACGCACACACUCGGUUCCCAUUGAAGGCAGUGGAGUUGCUUGUGUGUCUCCGAGGGCAGAGUUUGGUUCUUUGUUUUACACCCUUGAGAUGUUUGUAGCUGGCAUCUGGGGCUGAGGUCCCUGCUCCGUUGGCACAGCACGGCCGA